GCCUUGCAGUUGCAGAGGCCCCCGGAGCCGGAGGCCGACGGGAAUGCCGCUGCGCCUGCCUCGCCUCUCCCUUUUCUUGGGACGGGCGGCGCACUUGGUCUCUGAUCUGGAAGGCACUGCCUGCCUUCUCUUCUCCCGGUCCGUUUCUUUCCUUUCCCUUUUUUUUUUGACGGCAUUUCUUUCCUUUCCCUGGCGACGCGCAUCCAAGAAAUCCGCAGCAGUCAGGCAAAUUUGGAUUUUGGGGACACGAAUCUUUCCUGAUAGGUCGGCAGGCGGUUACCCCGAGCGCCGUUCUUCGCCGCCGCUUCUGCGAAUCUUUAGACCGGCGUGGAGUGGAGGUUGGUAGCUAAUGUUAUGUGAAGCGCCGUAUUGUUCGUCAAAAUUUGGAGGUUUUACUGCCCGGUGAACAUUCUAUUCUCAUGGCAAAGCAGUACUAUGCAACUAGCAGCCUUGUAGUAGGGUAUGCUCUGUGCUCAAGUUUGCUCUCGAUCAUCAAUAAAUAUGCCGUCACAAAGUUCAGUUACCCUGGCCUCUUGACUGCUCUACAAUACUUCACAUCUGCUGCUGGUGUUUGGAUCCUUGGAAAGCUAGGUCUUCUCAGCCAUGACCCCUUCAAGUUGGACACGGCAAAGAAAUUUGCACCUGCUGCUCUUGUCUUCUACCUUGCCAUAUUCACAAACACAAAUCUCCUCUGCCAUGCCAAUGUUGAUACGUUCAUAGUUUUCAGAUCCUUGACGCCGCUUUUGGUUGCUAUUGCUGACACAACUUUCAGGAAGCAACCAUGUCCUUCAAAGUUCACAUUCUUAUCCCUUGUGGUCAUCUUGGGAGGAGCAGUUGGUUAUGUGAUUACAGAUUCAGCAUUCAGCCUCACAGCAUACUCAUGGGCACUUGCAUAUCUGGUGACCAUAACAACUGAAAUGGUGUACAUCAAGCACAUCGUGACAAACCUGGGGCUGAAUACCUGGGGCUUUGUGCUCUACAACAACCUUCUGUCAUUGAUGCUGGCACCCAUCUUUUGGUUCGUUACAGGAGAGCAUAAGUUGGUCUUUGCAGCCAUUGAAUCAAGGGGUGACGGCUGGUUUCAACUGGAUGCCUUUAUGGCAGUGGCAUUGUCAUGCGUGUUUGGGCUCCUCAUCAGUUUCUUUGGUUUUGCAGCAAGGAAAGCAGUCUCAGCCACUGCAUUUACCGUGACCGGGGUUGUGAAUAAGUUCCUCACCGUGGCUAUCAAUGUCAUGAUCUGGGACAAACAUGCAAGUGCAUUUGGUUUAGUUUGCUUGCUCUUCACUAUUGUUGGUGGGAUACUCUAUCAACAAUCAGUUAUGACAAAAGGAAAUUCUGCGGGUCAGCAUGGGCCAGUAUCUGAGCAACCUAAAGAGGACAAUGAUAGCAUAGAGCUUGAUGAAGAGAAGCAAGGCUUAGUUGCACCUGCUAAGUAGUCCAGUGCGUGAAUUAUUCACACCUAGCAUUAGAUUUUGCAGAUUUAUUCUUUGGCCUUGAAUAGGCUCUUGUUUUUCACCCUUGAAACAAAUGACAAAUCAAACACGAGGGAAUACUAGAGGAAGUAGUAAAUUAUAAGUUAGUUUUACUGUUGAAAAUUUGUAAUAUUUUCGUUUUUAAAUUCAAUAUGUAUUUCACACUGCUUGAUGCAGUUCUGUGGCAACAUCAUAUGCUACAUCCUAUAUGGUUACGAACUUAUGAUCCACCUCAUUGUCAUAUACAUCAGAAUAUGAAUGCCUAUUUUGGUG